GUCCGCGCUUCUGAUUUCUGUUUACUCUCUGCUUCUCCCGUUUGUGUGGUAGGGGGAUGGGGUCCUGCCGAGGAUGAGCGACUCCAAAUAUUUACCACUGGGCUGACUAAAAAGCUUUAUUUUUUACCUUAGUUUUCUCAUUUUUUUAUUGGGCGCAUAGAUACUUGUUGUCUACGCAUGAGUUUGGCCACAGCUCCGCCUUUGUAAAGUGGAGCAUCUGUACGUCCACAACAAACGCUACAAAAAGUCGACAAAAUGUAUCCUGCUGGAGGAGAGCCCCCAUCUUCCCCAGUGCCAGAAUAUGUGUUCAAGCCGCCAUCACGGCCAGACUUUGGCACCAUGGGCAGGACAAUCAAGCUCCAGGCCAAUUUCUUUGAGAUGGAAAUCCCAAAAUUGGAGGUUUACCAUUACGACAUAGACAUCAAACCUGAAAAAUGCCCCAGAAGGGUGAAUCGAGAAAUUGUGGAGCACAUGGUCCAGCACUUUAAAACUCAGAUCUUUGGGGACCGGAAGCCGGUGUACGACGGGCGAAAGAACCUCUACACUGCCAUGGCUUUGCCCAUAGGCAGAGAAAAGGUGGAGCUGGAGGUGACUAUUCCAGGCGAAGGCAAAGACCGCAGUUUUAAAGUUGCCAUCAAAUGGGUGUCUUGCGUUAGCCUGCAAGCUCUGCACGAAGCUCUGUCAGGGCGGCUUCCCAGUGUUCCCUUUGAGACUAUCCAAGCCUUGGAUGUGGUCAUGAGACAUUUGCCUUCUAUGAGGUAUACCCCUGUUGGGCGGUCUUUCUUUACUCCUUCAGAAGCUUGCUCAAACCCUCUGGGAGGUGGCAGAGAAGUGUGGUUUGGUUUCCAUCAGUCGGUCAGGCCCUCCCUGUGGAAAAUGAUGCUCAACAUCGACGUUUCAGCCACAGCUUUCUACAAAGCUCAGCCUGUAAUCGAGUUCAUGUGUGAAGUUUUGGAUUUUAAGAGCAUUGAAGAACAACAGAAGCCUUUAACAGACUCUCAACGAGUCAAAUUUACUAAAGAAAUUAAAGGCCUCAAGGUUGAGAUAACUCACUGUGGACAGAUGAAGAGGAAGUACAGAGUUUGCAACGUUACCAGAAGACCAGCCAGCCACCAAACGUUCCCCUUGCAACAGGAGAAUGGCCAAACAAUCGAAUGCACAGUAGCCCAGUAUUUUAAAGACAAAUACAAGCUCAUUCUGCGAUAUCCCCACCUUCCAUGUUUACAGGUGGGACAAGAGCAAAAGCACACCUACCUCCCCCUAGAGGUUUGUAACAUUGUGGCAGGGCAGCGCUGCAUCAAAAAGCUGACAGACAAUCAGACUUCCACUAUGAUCCGUGCCACAGCCCGGUCAGCACCAGACCGCCAGGAUGAGAUCAGCAAACUGAUGAGGAGCGCCAACUUUAACACUGACCCAUACGUUCGUGAGUUUGGAGUGAUGGUUCGAGAUGAAAUGACUGAAGUGAACGGCCGCGUCCUGCAAGCACCUUCAAUACUGUACGGCGGCAGGAACAAGGCAAUCGCCACACCGAUUCAGGGGGUGUGGGACAUGAGGAACAAGCAGUUCCACACUGGCAUCGAGAUCAAAGUGUGGGCCAUCGCCUGCUUUGCCCCACAGAGACAGUGCACUGAACUCCUACUCAAAGCUUUUACUGAUCAGCUAAGGAAGAUCUCUCGCGAUGCUGGGAUGCCCAUCCAAGGUCAGCCAUGCUUCUGCAAGUACGCCCAGGGAGCAGACAGCGUGGAGCCCAUGUUCAGACACCUCAAGUACACUUACCAGGGACUUCAGCUGGUGGUGGUCAUCCUCCCUGGAAAGACACCCGUCUAUGCUGAGGUGAAGCGUGUCGGGGAUACAGUACUUGGAAUGGCGACUCAGUGUGUGCAGGUCAAAAAUGUGCAGAAGACCACACCCCAGACUCUCUCCAACCUCUGCUUGAAGAUCAAUGUCAAGCUGGGUGGAGUCAACAACAUCCUCCUCCCUCAGGGCAGGCCCAUGGUUUUCCAGCAGCCUGUGAUUUUCCUGGGUUCAGAUGUGACUCAUCCCCCUGCUGGAGAUGGAAAGAAACCUUCCAUUGCUGCUGUGGUUGGUAGCAUGGAUGCUCAUCCCAGUCGAUACUGUGCCACAGUGCGAGUGCAGCAGCACCGCCAAGAUAUCAUCCAAGACCUGGCCAACAUGGUGAGGGAGCUGCUGAUCCAGUUCUACAAGUCCACACGCUUCAAGCCCACUCGGAUCAUUUACUAUCGAGAUGGCAUCUCUGAGGGCCAGUUCAACCAGGUUCUUCAGCAUGAGCUGCUGGCCAUCCGAGAGGCUUGCAUCAAACUGGAGAAGGAUUACCAGCCCGGUAUUACCUUUGUGGUUGUGCAGAAGAGACACCACACACGGCUCUUCUGUAUGGACAGGAAUGAGAGGGUUGGGAAAAGUGGCAACAUCCCUGCUGGGACCACGGUGGACACCAAAAUCACUCACCCAUCAGAGUUUGACUUCUACCUUUGCAGUCAUGCUGGCAUUCAGGGAACCAGUAGGCCGUCUCACUACCAUGUGCUUUGGGACGACAACCACUUCUCAUCAGAUGAACUGCAGGUCCUCACUUAUCAGCUGUGCCACACCUACGUGCGCUGCACUCGCUCGGUUUCCAUCCCAGCACCAGCCUACUACGCCCAUUUGGUGGCUUUCCGAGCUCGCUAUCAUUUGGUGGACAAAGAGCACGACAGCGCUGAGGGCAGCCAUACAUCAGGCCAGAGCAACGGACGUGACCACCAAGCUCUGGCAAAGGCUGUUCAGAUCCACCAGGACACGCUGCGCACCAUGUACUUUGCCUAAGAGGACGCAGCCUGGGUCUGUGAGUGCUGGAACACACUUCCCUUCGCUGCCAUGUUCAGUUUCCGAUCCUCUCACCCUCCAGACCUGUCGCUUCCUUUGACCAAAAUCAAGCCGGCUGCUACGGUGCACGUAGCGGGAUACAGACGAGUUCACACGUUCAGAAUGACUGCAUUCUUUUAUUAGUCGCCAAACUAGACACCAAGGAAUCUUAAAGGAUGCUAAAGUAGUUAUUGAACUGAUAGGUGUAGCUACUCACCACAAUCUUCCUGAUUUGGUUCUCUAAGUUGUUAGUGCUUUGAAAGAAAAGAAAAAUCAAUAAAUGAGGGUGUUAAUGGACGGUCUUGAGCUCUGACAGCCAAUCAAAUGGAAGUGCACUGACCAAGAUGGGUACUUCAGCUAGAACACAAGUACUUACUGCAAUGAGACUUCUUUAGGGUUUUCCUCUGUAGGGCAUUAUGUGUGGAAGUGUGCCAAUCAAGACCAUCCUUCUUUUGUCACAUCUGUUUCACUUUAUGAAUUGAUUGGCUGAGUUUUCAGCGCUUGUACCAGUGGACAGUUAAAGCCGAACACGAUGAAAGAACCUUUAGUUGGUAUGUUCCACCGGCUGACAAAGCAGCAGUUUUUUUUCCUGUUUUAAUCAUUUUGAACUGAACACGAUGCACCAGUGAUUCUCACCGGGACCGGUUCCCAACAGCGACACGCAUAUUUUUAGCAGUGUUGAUGAGAUGUAAAAUAACUGACUGAGGGAAAUGCGAUGAAAUCUUUUUGCCUCCCUUUUACUUUUUAGUCUUUUUUUUUUUUUUUUUUUUUAUAUAAACCUUUUGUUUUAAGUGAUUAUGCAUGUAGCUGACUUUUGCUUUAGACAUUUUUCAUGUGUUUUUCUUUUCAACCCUACUUCUAAUCAUGUAUAUAGAAGUUAAAAACAAAAAGUUCUGCAAUCUCACGGUAGGAUAAUGGUGUGGCUUCUCGGUAUCCAGGCAGUUUGGUACGGUGGAGUUGCAACGUUUUUAGAUCUGAACUGACCGAUAAUCUUGAAAUCAACCUCUGGACUGGAGUUUGCGGUCAUCGCACAAAGGGUUGAGGUUUAUGCAAAAAAACAAACAAAAAAAUGACCUUUUUCUGAAUCCUUUUGCUAUGUAGUCAUGAUGCAGAUAAGGUAUAUUUUGAAUAAGCUUUCCAUGGAGGCUGUUGAAAAAUUUUAGUACUUUUUUAAGAGACUUGCCCACGUAAUCUAAAUGAUCUAUUUGUAUAUAAAAUGCAACUAUCUAGUCAUCUAAGACUGUUACAGUCUCAGUGAUCGAAUUAAUGUUGUGCAUUCUGCAUUAGUUUUAUUACUAAGCUGGAGACUAGUUUUGGUUGAAGGCGAGUAGUCUAUUUUCUCACUAUGCACCGUUUCUAACGAGGAGAUUUUGAUGUGAAGCAUCCCGCAUUUUUCAAAGUAAAAUAGGUGUAGAACAUCAGGGCUUUCUGUGUUGCAGUCUUUCUUUUAGCGUUUUAGUAGUUUGUCUUCUCUGCAUCUUUGAGGCUUUCUUACAAGAUGAAGUAUUUAUGUGGCCAUUGGUAACUUUGGAUUUUCUAGCCAAACGCUUUGGCGUAUCCUUUUGUAACACAGAAUCUUUCCUAGCCAAAACAAGAUUAUAAACCUGAUGAAUAUGGAAACCAUGUAGAAGCACAAAAGGACAUUUAAAAAAACAAAACAAACAAGAACUUUGGUGCUAAAAGUUUUCACUGUAAACCACCUUGAUUCCUCACUGGACUAGCUCACAGGGCUUCAAGGGUGUGUAAAUGACUCUUCAUCAUUUGGAGGACCCUUCGCCCCCGGGACUUCUAGGUCUCCUUUCUACUCAUUACUUGGAAAGCAACAAGAAAUCCGACUGACUGUGUUUGCGGGGCAUUCUGAAAAUCGUGUACUUGAUAUUUACUGUUAUGAUGUCAAAUAUAUUUCGUAUCGGUGCUGGUGUCACAACAUGUACAAUUGGAUGCACUUUUGAUUGCAGAAUUUUUGGUAUAGUUCUUAUCGAUGUGUGUUUUUAACAGGAGGCUCGGCCCUGUUGUGAGACGCUGGUGUAAUUGCAUGGAAAUGGUUGUGUGUUCUACCUCUUGUUACCUGUUCUAAGUGUUAUGGUAACAUCACACCGCUGGCCAUUUCUGUAUAAUUACUCCUGCUAUCCGACUGGCGAGGUUUGAGUCUCGCGUUGACAGUAGGGGUUUGAAACGCUUCAUGGUAUUUGCAUUUUCUUGGUUUCAUAUUUCCUUGAAUGUUUUAUUUUAUUUUAUUUUUUUUUGUCUUUUAUCCCAAAAACUGAUUACCAAGUGUGUGUUUUUCUUUGAAAAGGAUUGUGUGUUGAAAAGUGUGCUUUCCCUGCUUGUUUUUCUUUCUCUUAUGCACACUAACAUUAGACCUCCCUUUUGGGUCUGAGCAGUUUAAGAGCAGAAGCAGAGCUGAUGUAUCCCACCAGUGACGGGUUCCUUUCCCACCAAAAUGUCCUGGAAUGCCCGUUAGGCGGAUCGUUCAAAAACAACCUAAUUCAGGACUGUUGUGUUGUAUGUUUAGCGUCAUGACACUGUUCGGCUCGGCCCGUGCAGACGUUGAGCCCAAUCCUUGUAAUUCCUGCAACCUUCUGUCUCUCAAAAGGAUUUCUUUCAUUUGUGGCGCACGCCGUUUACCCAAACUAAUUGAACACAAUGCCUUGUAAAGUUUGAUGUGGAUUUUAAUAGGUGGAAGAGUUUGUUGUUCUUGCUUUACAUUACUUACACCAGCACCUUAUAUAGUACCAGAUGCUCUUUUUUUUUGGCAAUGAAACUUUUGACAAUGUUGCUUUUGCACUAAACAAACAAGCAUAGAAUUGUAGCAAUUCAUGCAUUUACAACAUUAAGUGGACAAACUCACUGCCAUUUUUUUAAUUUAAAUUUUUUUUUAAUUUAAAGACAUUUCUUUUUAACUUUAAACUGUUUUUCAAAGUGAGAUACAACAGACCGCAGUCCUGCGUUUUCUUCUUCAUACCAAAGUGAUUCUGGUCUAAAAAAAAAUUACCAGUUCUUUCAGUUUAAACGCCAAAGCGCCGGCUCCAGGCCUGAUCCAAGAGAUUAUUUUCCUACUGUUUUCCUGUUUGAGGAUCAAAGUUGACGAACUGUUUGAGCUUGUGUAAACUGGCAGCUAUGGAUGUGAUGGAAACAGCCGUUUGAACGGGGCGUUGAGAUGCUGGAAGUAAAUAUCCAUGCAGAUUGUUCCCCAUUUCUGAGCUAAGAAAGCUUCAGCGCAAACUGACGUCCUGUCAGGACCUUGAUGGGGGUAAUUCUAUCCUGAGCUCAACAUUUGCUUUGGUUUUUGGGCUCUUGACGGCCUGCAAAGUGAUGAGGUUUGAUGUAAUGCUAGUUCGGUAAAAGCCUCCAGAGUCCAAUGCCACAGAUCCUACAUAUCGAGAGCCAGCAGAGGCUUUAUGUUUACAGAAAAAUCUUCUACUGCAGCCGAGAUGAAUGUGGCUCCAGGCUGUGCAAAUACGUUUGUUUGUGGAAGUCCUUAUGGAAAACUGGCUCUCCAACGAGCCUUUAGACAAAAUCCACAUCUCUUUUGGGAUUUUAUUUUAUUUUUAUUUUUAACAUUUGGCCAAAAUCUGUAGGUUCCACUCUGGGCAAACUAAAUUUGUCUAUCCUGAUGUUUCAGAGCAGCUUUUCUGCUCGUUACAUUUCUAAUGCUAUGAAAGAACCUGGCGCUAAAUUUCCAAAGUGUUUUGCGGUUGUUCUUGGUGUGAUUCAGACUCAACCAGGAACAAAGAACAACCCCUCUGAACGUUCCGGUCUGUUUAAGCGCGUUUUAUGUCUGCUGCUUAUCCAUCUCUUGUAGAGAAUCUUUAGCUUGUUUCAAAAGGAAUAAAAUAGAAAAGUUUGUAGAGCUAAGCCUGUUUUCCCAGCUUCAGAUUAUAUGAAUGUAAGUUGUCUUUUUAGGUUGUUUAAUAUUUGAAAAGCUAGCUGUCCAGUACAUUUACUCUCAACUUUGUGUUUUGUGUAUAUUACCUUCUUCUUUUUACUUUUUUUUUUAAUUUGCCAUUUUUAUUUGUUUUCCUCAAAUAAUUCCUGAAUUGACACAUUACAGCUGACGUUGCUAAUUGAUUCACUCAAAUAUUUCUCACGUGUGCACAAAGGAGCCUUUGUUUUUCUGGCUCUGGCAUCCCUCUUGUGCACAGUGUUAUAGAGAGAAGCUGUGUGUAGAAUCUAUAUCUAAUGAUAUAGAUGUGAUGAUUGUGUAGCAGUGUGUUUGUUUUUGCUUCAGCCUCUGCGUUGUCCUGUAAAGCCCUUUCCUAGGCUCGGCUUUUUAAACCCAUUAAAAAAAGCGUGUUCCUGUAGUCAGCUGUAAUUUUGCUCGUCCAAUAAGCAUCCAUCAUUUUUGUAUAGCUUAAUUUGACAUCAUUACUUUUGUUCUUGUAGAUCUUUUUGUGUGUGUGUGUGUGUGUUGCUGUGGCACUCGAUGGAUGAUAUUUAUAACCGCCAGUGUUUAGCAGUAGUGUGGGGUGCAAAAGGCUCACUUGCAUUGCUACACUACGGAGCCCCAGACAUGACAGUUAAAAAGAUUUGUUCAAAUGAAUCAUUUGUGUGCUCAAAUUAGCAUUUUGUGCACACAAAUGACUGUUUUACUAUCAUCCAAUGCAAGUUUUUGCGUACAAAUGCUAACCUUUGCACUCAAAAUGCUAAUAAAAUGCUAAAUUGUGGCGACGAAAUACAAAAUUGUGGCCACAUGAUGCCAAUUUACGUGCAAAAAAGACAUUUGUUGCCACAAAUGACUAAUUUUGAGGGAUUUUUUUUUUUUAAUGUUAUGUCCAUGUCUCCAUACUUUAGUUAUUCCUUAUGGAGCACAAAUUCAAGCAGGAUAUCAACAUGUCUGAGGAGAGCCCCUAGUUAUUGGUUUUACCAGAUGAAGCUUUUGAACGUCUGGAUUGUCUUAACUACCUAGAACCUGCAGCAUCUCUGUAAAAAUGGGCUAACAUCCUUUUUGUUUCCGUUCUAGUUUUUUUCUAAACCUAUUUGUUCCGAGUUGUUUCAUGUUGGUGAAUCCACCUUUUCCUGUGUGGCUGUAGCUUGAUGCAGGUAGAAAUGUCGAUCCAGGUUAGUUCAUUAUUAAAUAAAGACGACGUAGUAGUUGAUGAUCAGAGUGAAGCCUCAGAGACUCCAGCAGGUCAAAGAAAGUUAGAAUGUUUUUGUUUGUUUUUUGGGAAAAUGAGCUCCUCACUGUUACAAAGCUUCAAACCAACGCCAGCAACCAGAUCCUACAGAAUCCAAACACACAAGCCAGAUUUCUUCCCUUCUUAAAGCAAGUCUCAGAAUGACUAGCUUUUCAUUUACAAGGGUAAGAAUUCUAACUACCUCAGAGCAUGAUUGGGUGCUAAACUAUACCCCAAGUUUUUAAGAAAAGGCUGCAAAUUCCCUGUUGUAGUGACCAAACCAGUACAAGCCAUCGUUGGAGAGCCCAGUUUUUGUUGGAGGAGGAGUGGUUGGUCACUUUAGUUGGUUAGUUUUAGGGGACCAAAUCUUUCACAACUAGAAUGUUUUAGUGGAUCAUUUAGGAUUUACACCAUUUUCAUGACUGGAUGUGUUUUUAAUGUGCCAUCGGAAUAGUCAUUGACUUGGCGCUGAUGUGGAGGUUUGAAUGGAAGAGGACUAUAAUAUUAGGCUGACGUUUGGGUUUGGAACAGUACAAAGGCUGGCAGCACAAAUGAGGUUCAAGGUAGACGCAGCUUUUCCUGUUUUGUUUUUUAGUGUAGUGUUGAAAAUGCUUUUUUUCCGUUCGCAAUAAAUCUCUUUUCAGUUCUGCUUUUCUUACCAGUAGACUCCAUUUAUAUCGGGGAUGACUAACAAAGGGAAUAUACAGGUUUGAACAAACCCAUCAUACUCAUCAGAUCAGUCGACUAAAGGUCAUGGGAGGUUUUGGUUUGUAUUUUUUUGGUCACAAAACUGCAGAUUGAGUCCAGACUGAGUUUGCAGUUCCUUCACAUGUGCCUGUAUUGUCAGAUAUCUCCGUUUGCCCAAAAGUUUUCAACUUCAGACGAAAUCGAACCCAGUUUAACAGAAAAAAAAAGUCAUGGUUUUUAUUGUUAUGCAACCUGGUGUGUAGAUGCUGCAUUUAACGAUCAGUAUUUUUGUUUUGCACUUUCAAAGCAGCCUGACAGGAAUAAAAAAAAAAAAAGUAAAAAAAAAAAAAAGCCCGUUUAAGGUUUGGGCAAAAAUUCAAAUAACUGACGAGGUAUUCUGUGCUAUUAAUAGGAGUAUAAGAAUUAAAUAAGUUUAGAAAGCUUUUCUAAAAAAAAUAAAAGUUGAUAUAUCUAUCUAUAUAUCUAAGUAUAUAUAUUCAUGAAGUACCUCAUAAGCCUGAUAUAUGCUGCAUUGACGUUUUUCCUCUUCGGUGUACUUCAUAAUCUCCGCACACAUUUUGAUUUGUUUCCAUUUUAGGGAGGUUUGGAUGUCACAAUCAGCUUUGUGCACACAGCAACACCUUUAUUCUUCACUAGUGAGGUGCCAUCACUCGUUCUGAAGACAUGUAUUAUUGGGCGGAGUCAGCUGUUGACUCUGCCGCCAUUGAAAAAAAAAAAAAUGCUGCAUCUGCACUUGUUCCCAACCCUGCCCCCACGCUUCUGUCCUAACAUGAGCUCCAGACCACAGCUGAGCUUUCUAUUUAGCCUUAAGCGUGGAAGAAACGCAGCUCGGACACAUGGUUGGUCGUCAGCGCCAUGCCAUCUACCUCUUAUGAAUGUAGAGUCUGUCCUGGAAUUGUAGUCCACUACCGAGCUUUUAUUUUGAAAAGACAAUCAUUCAUGAACUCUCAAGUUGAUUAAACAUCCUUUCUGAAAAUACAUCCUCUUUGAGUCAUGGAAAAGGGAAGCGAUUGAAGUCUAUUUGCAAAACCUACUGCACAAAGCUGAAUGAGUUCAAGCCUCCCUCCAUUCACGUCAUCUUUUCUCCCUAAUUUAAGCCGUAAAAUGCCAAAACUGAUUUGGUUGUCAUUCCUGUGUUGGUGAGGGUCUUCAUGUUGCUGAAUUCUUUUCUUCGUAUCCACUGCAAAAGCUCCUUGAUCCUCUUGUGUGUGAACCUGUAAGCUUGUCUUUUUCUUUUAAUAUUUUUUUUUGGUAACACUUUUGCUUACAGAACACAAGAUAUGCUGUAAACCCUUUUAGACCAUAAUGUGAAUACGUAUCACUUCAUAUAGCUCACUCUUUGGCUUGACUGUAAGUUGCGUUAAAUAAAAAUGUUUCAAAUAA